UCCACUUCACAACAGUAACGGACAGACGCGCUUUUAAGUGAUAAAAGCGGAAGAUUCAAUGUGACAGAGAAGAGAGAGUGUCUUUCUGCCGUGGCCUACACCUACACAGCGCCUUGAAUGCCGACGCUUAGAGCAAGAAAUCCAGACUUUUGACAUUUGUUAAUCACAAACAAUAACGAGACAAAGCCUUUUCGUCUUGCGAGGGAAACGUUGAUAAUUAAGGGUUAGAUGGAGACAAAUUCAUAAAGUGUUGUGGGAUCGUGUUUUUGCUUUGCCUGCAGUAGAGGUUAAUUUCUUUUUCAAAUCUGAUCCACUAAUUAUUUCACUCUUUUACCUCACUCUUCGAUCAGUCCGAAAUGGGGUUGAUUUCCGGGUUUUUGAUGGGGACGAUCUUCGGGAUCGUAUUGAUGGCCGGAUGGCGGCACAUGAUGAGGUACCGAAGCACCAAGCGAGUUGCAAAGGCAGCUGAUAUUAAAGUUCUUGGGUCACUCAACAGAGAUGAUUUGAAGAAAAUCUGUGGUGACAAUUUUCCUGAAUGGAUAUCAUUCCCUGUGUAUGAACAGGUGAAAUGGUUGAACAAGGAAUUGUGCAAAUUAUGGCCUUUCGUUGCAGAUGCAGCAGAAUUGGUAAUAAAAGAAUCUGUUGAACCUCUACUGGAAGAAUAUCGGCCUCCAGGAAUUACUUCAUUAAAGUUUAGCAAGUUGUCUCUUGGCAAUGUGGCUCCCAAAAUCGAAGGUAUCCGUGUUCAAAGUCUGAAGGAAGGUCAAAUUACAAUGGAUAUUGAUUUCCGUUGGGGUGGUGAUCCGAGCAUCAUUUUAGGUGUUGAAGCUGCCCUUGUUGCUUCAAUACCCAUUCAGUUGAAAGACCUUCAAGUUUUUACCGUUAUCCGUGUUAUAUUUCAACUAUCUGAAGAGAUACCAUGCAUUUCUGCUGUUGUCGUUGCUCUACUUUCUGAGCCAAAGCCAAGGAUUGAUUAUACUCUCAAGGCUAUUGGUGGAAGCUUAACAGCCAUACCUGGAAUUUCGGAUAUGAUUGAUGAUACUGUGAAUUCAAUUGUGACAGACAUGCUUCAAUGGCCCCAUAGGAUCGUUGUUCCAAUAGGCGGUGUACCUGUUGAUACAAGCGAAUUAGAACUUAAACCACAGGGAAAGGUUACAGUUACAGUGGUGAAAGCGAAUAAUUUGAAGAACAUGGAAAUGAUUGGAAAAUCUGAUCCUUAUGUGGUUCUUUAUAUUCGGCCAUUGUUCAAGGUUAAAACACAUCAUGUUGACAACAACCUGAAUCCUGUUUGGAAUCAAGCAUUUGAAUUGAUUGCAGAAGACAAAGAGACGCAAUCGAUCAUUUUUGAGGUUCUCGAUCAGGACAUUGGUCAAGACAAGAGGUUGGGAAUAGUAAAAUUGCCUUUGAUUGAUCUCGAAGCAAAUACUUUGAAUGAAUUUGAAUUGAAACUUCAGCCGUCACUUGAUAUGCUGAAAAUAAAAGAUAAGAAGGACCGAGGAACAAUUACUGUAAAGGUAUUUUACCAUGAAUUUAAUAAAGAGGAGCAGUUUGCCGCACUAGAAGAAGAGAAGAGGAUCCUGGAAGAAAGAAAGAAACUGAAAGCAGAAGGUGUUAUUGGGAGUACAAUGGAUGCACUUGAUGGAGCCGUCGGCCUGGUUGGUUCUGGAGUUGGGCUUGUUGGAACUGGAAUUGGUGCUGGAGCUGGGCUUGUGACCAGUGGUGUUGGUGCUGGCGUUGGGUUCGUUGGGAGUGGCCUUGGGGCUGUGGGCAGCGGCUUGAGCAAAGCAGGAAAGUUUAUGGGCAGGACUAUCACAGGCCAAUCCAGCAAAAGGAGUGGCAGCACUACUCCAGUGACUAGCGUCCAAGAAAAUGGCGGUGUAAAGCCAUUACAGUGAAUAGCAAUGGUAAGUUUGUAAUGUGAGUUUGUACUCUUGUCUGUACUCUUUUGAAGUACUAGGUGGAGUAAUUUUAUUUCCUUGGCAGUUUCUCCAAUGCUAUUCUUUCUCACAGCUUGGGAAUCGGUUACAUAAAUUGUCCGAAUUAUGUUUUCUGUUUAGGUCAUUGUAUAAUUGUAUCUUUGAAUGUGCAAUAGAUCUUCAAGCAUCGUACAAAA